UGGUGCGAUUACGUACUGAACAGUAAACAGUAGCGUCGUAGCGGUCUUGAACGUCCCUUCUGCCCAGCUGCUCUUUUUGUGAGCUGGUAGUAAAUUGUUUAACAGGAGCGUCGUGGCGGUCUUGAACGUGUUUGUCCACGUGUUUCAGCAGCUUCUGGUUCCCAUCAAGAGGCUGGGUGUUGUUAAACCUUCUGCUCUACUCUGGGCAUCGUGGAUAGCAUCACUGGGUCCGAGUCAUCCUGUCAACACGCGUUUUUAGGAGAUAAAGGACGUCGAUGCGAUGCUGCUGCUGCGACGGUGCAGACGGCUGACUGCAGGGCUGAGUCCUGCCCAGGCGCAACGGGCCAGACCAGCGGGCUCCCCAGCCCCGUCAUGGUGCGGGGUGGGGGGGGGCAGCCGGAGCAGCAGUGGUGGGGGUGAGGACAGGCAGACCUCCCAGGACCCCCGCUGGAGGCCCGCCCUGGCCGGCCUGCUGGCUGGGACCGGCGCCGUCCUGGCCUACGGCCUCCACCACCACAAGGCGGAGCGGCCGUUGGCCCCCAUGGAGCCGGCGCCGCCCGUCUUCAGCCAGGCCGAGGUGUCCAAGCACGGCUCGCUGGAGGCCGGCGUCUGGGUCACCUUCCGGGGCGGCGUCUACGACAUCACCGAGUUCGUGGCCAUGCACCCCGGGGGGGACAAGAUCCUGCUGGCGGCGGGCGGGGCCCUGGAGCCCUUCUGGGCGCUGUACGCCGUCCACAGCCAGGACCACGUGCUGGACAUCCUGUCGGAGUACAAGGUGGGGGAGCUGGACCCUGAGGACCAGGCGCGCCAGCGGGCGGUGGAGCCGUCGGACCCCUACUCCGGGGACCCCCAGCGCCACCCCGUCCUGCGGGUCAACAGCGCCAAGCCCUUCAACGCCGAGCCGCCGCCGGAGCUGCUGGGCGACAGCUACAUCACGCCCUCCGCCAUCUUCUUCAAGCGGAACCACCUCCCCGUGCCGCGCGUGGACCCCGCGUCGUACCGGCUGCGCGUGGAGGGCCUCCCGCGGCCCCUGAGCCUCUCGCUGGCGGACCUCAAGAGCCGCUUCCCCAAGCACACGGUGACGGCCACGCUGCAGUGCGCCGGCAACCGCCGCUCGGAGAUGAACGCCGUGAAGCAGGUGAAGGGGCUGAACUGGGGCAUCGCCGCCAUCAGCAACGCCACCUGGAGCGGCGCCCUGCUCAGGGACGUGCUGCGCGAGGGGGGCUGGGGCCCCGAGGCAGCGGCGGCGGUGGCGGCGGCCGGCGGCGGGGCCCGCCACGUGCAGUUCGAGGGCCUGGACGCGGACGCGUCGGGCACCACGUACGGCGCGUCCAUCCCGCUGAACAAGGCGCUGAGCGAGGAGGGGGACGUGCUGCUGGCGUACCAGAUGAACGGCGAGGACCUGCCGGCCGACCACGGCUACCCGCUGCGCGUGGUCGUGCCCGGCACCGUGGGCGCCCGCAACGUCAAGUGGCUGGGCAAGGUGAUCGUCAGCCGGGAGGAGAGCGCCAGCCACUGGCAGCAGAACGACUACAAGGGCUUCUCGCCGGGCACGGACUGGGACACGGUGGACUUCAAGUCGGCCCCGGCCAUCCAGGAGCUGCCGGUGCAGUCAGCCAUCACGCAGCCCGCCGACGGGGCGGUGCUGGAGCCCGACGCCGACGGGGAGGUGACGGUGCGCGGCUACGCCUGGAGCGGCGGCGGGCGGGAGGUGGUGCGCGUGGACGUGUCGCUGGACGGGGGGAAGACGUGGCAGGUGGCGCGACUGAGGGAGGGGGAGGAGCAGGGGGAGGAGCAGGGGGAGGCCACGCCCCCGCCGCUGCCGGGCCGCGCCUGGGCCUGGAAGCUGUGGGAGGUGGUGGCGCCGCUGCCCCCCGGGGAGCAGCAGGUGGAGAUUGUGUGCAAGGCGGUGGACAACAGCUACAACAUGCAGCCCGACUCGGUGGCGCCCAUCUGGAACUUGAGAGGCGUGCUGAGCAACGCCUGGCACCGGGUGAGGGUGACGGUCAGGGAGGACUGAGCACCCUGGCACCCUCAGCAACCCGACUCCCUCAACAACCUGGCACCCUCAGCACCCCGACUCCCUCAACAACCUGACUCCCUCAGCACCCUGACUCCCUCAACAACCUGGCACCCUCAGCACCCUGACACCCACAGCUUUGAGGCUGUUUGUGCAGCUUCAGCCCUUUGCUGUCCUCAUCCGGAUACAUGAAGUGCUUCUAGAAGGUUGCUUAUCAUCAGAUAGUUUUUGAGGUUUUAUUGAGGAUCUAGGAAUGAAUUAAUGUGAUCGAAACAAGGAAGUAUUAUGUUCGGCAUUUGAACAAUUGAUUUGUGCUUUUUGUAAGACGUCUAUUUUUCUAAUCCUGACUUGAGUCAGGUCACUUAGCCAGAGUUUGAACACUUUGAAUCAUUGUUUCUCAAUUAAUCGUUUCAACUGCUGUGGGUCUUUGUCCCUUCCUUUUGUCUUUUUUAAAUGUUAAAAGUAGACUUAUUUAACUAAUAUUUGAAACAUGCUCAAGUCAAUAAUUGGCUGUUCUUCAUGUUAAUGUUUGAACUGUAUAUUCAGUUUUGUAUGAGUACUACUUUAUUUAUUCGAGUUCUAAGCUGGUAAAUAAAGUGAAUGCUGAUCACACGGUUUACGUGAGUGUUUUCGAUCACAGAAUGGACGUUUCUCUGGUCAACCUCACUCAUCCAAUAUAUCAAACACAUCCUGGCUUUCCUAUGAGAUUCAGGAAUCUUUUGACGUCCUGCGCAUGACACCAGGUCUUUGGUCAAAUAUGCAGUCAUAGGCAAGUCUUUAUAAUGAGCUACAUAUCAUUUUAAAUGGUUACAUUUCUAGAAUCUAGUAUCGUAAUCCUUUAGUUUAGUUAUCCUCUAGUCAUCUAGAUUAGAUACCAUCUAGUUUAGUUAUGAGUUGACUGGAGUUCUGCGUUUGUAUUGCAGCCAAUAUAACGCGAUUCAAAGGCCCAACCUUAUAACUUAAAUGAGUUCUUGUAAAAUAAUUAAGGUGAUUUAUUACAGAUGACAGAUGAAAGAAUAGUCCUUAUCGCAGUGCUGUCCUUCUCAUUAUUUUUAAAAGGUAUUGAAACCGAUCAAAGGUCGAGAACCAGUCCCACUUUAUUCAUGGAGACACUGGUUCACUGACAGCCUUUUUGUUUCACGGCCUUGUGAGGCUCACCAACAGAAGGAAUGUCUCAGCUCAGUCCAGCAGAGGCAUAUCCUCAGACUAACUCUCAGCAGUCCAUCUCUCAGUUACAU